AUGCGGGAUCAAGUGAGAGAAGCCAUGGUCGAGAUUCUACAAGGGGAAUCCCUUCAAGACAUGGUGAAAAGUCAGAUUAACACUGAGUUGCGACCUCUAAAACAGGGCUACCAUCAGAUGAAGAGGCAGCUGCAUCAUGUCUCAAGGUCACUCAAAGACUUCCCGGACGAGACGAGCGUAUUCCACGAAUCUGUUCUGAAAGAGGCACAUGUUGGGAAUCGAGAGAACUCAAGUGACGUCUGUGUCAGAGAAAAACAGAGACUGCGAAUAGAACUACAGAAGUGUGAUGUUUAUACUGCUAAUCUCAAGAGAGAUAGUGAACGAUUCAUCGCAUUUAAUAAGACGAAUCAGUCCCAAGUCUCACAACUGAAAACAAAUCUUGCCGUGCGUUCUUCCCAAACAACUAAACAUGUUGCCUCUACAUCCAGGACCCCUGUGUUGACAACGCCAGUGACGACACCCAGGACACCUCUGCCGACAGCGCCAGUGAAGACACCUAGGUCACCUCUGUUGACAACGCCAGUGACGACACCAAGGUCACCUCUGUUGCCAACGCCAGUGACGACACAUUGGUCACCUCUGUUGACAACGCCAGUGACGACACCAAGGUCACCUCUGUUGACAACGUCAGUGACGACACCCCGGCCACAGGUGGAGAAAAGUAGGAUCCUGAUUGCUCCACUCGGGUCACACACCCAGCAUCAGUUCCUUCAACUCAACAUUCACAGCAACUCACCUAUACUGUCUAUCAGUAUCUGA